AUUUGGUAUCAAUAUCUUGGCUCAACUAAUACAAAGUACAGCGGGGAUAUGCAUAGGAAUAAUCACCUUAACAUCUGUUAAGAAUAAUAUCCCUUUUUCUAUGGCUAUAACUGCCAUAAUUUUUAUAGUAAAUUACGUUAAUGAACUUUUUCAAUACUGUCUAAUAGGAAAUGAACUAUAUAAUCAAGCAUCUCUUCUCCCAGAAUUUAUUUUUAACAGCAACUGGAAAGAAUAUGCCAAUAAUGAAAUGACCAAAGAUCUUAUGUUCGUAAUCCAACGUUCUCAGGACAUCCCUCGAUUGACUGCGUACAAUUUGUAUGACGCUAAUAUAAAUAAUUUCGUAGGGGUAACUAAAUUAGCAUUUUCGAUUUACACGUUUUUGCAUAAAAUGGGACAAAAAUAAUUGAUUGGAUAUAUUGAAGGAAGGUUUGGUA